CUGCUCUCCGUUCUCAUUCCCUCCCUUUCUCCCUGUAAAAACGAAUCCCUAAUCUUCUCUUCGUACCCACUGAACUCUGCAUACUCUGGUUUAGAAAUCGCCUUCUCAAAGCUAGUUUCCUGCCGGUUAUCGGAAGAGAGCGGGAACGUGUGGCCGAACCCUACGAAUUGCCGUAUAUCUCCUAGCGAUCUCAAUCGCUUCGUUCAAGGUGCGUCCUCAUGGAUACUAUGCGGGGAAAGAUGGAGGAGGAGUUGAAGAAGCUCGAUGAAAAGAUUGCAGAUGCUGAAGAAAACCUGGGUGAAAGUGAAGUUAGAGAAGCCCAUUUGGCUAAAUCCUUGUUCUACAUCCGUAUUGGGGACAAGGAGAAGGCAUUGGAACAACUAAAAGUGACAGAAACCAAGACUGUCGCAGUUGGACAAAAGAUGGAUUUGGUGUUCCACACGUUGCAACUUGGCUUUUCCUACAUGGACUUCAAUCUCAUUUCUAAGAGCAUCGAGAAGGCGAAGAGCUUGUUUGAGGAGGGUGGUGACUGGGAGAGGAAUAAUCGUCUCAAGGUGUAUGAAGGCCUGUUUUGCAUGUCUACUCGGAACUUUGAGAAGGCAGCUAACUUGUUCUUGGAUUCUGUUUCAACCUUCACCUCAUAUGAAAUUCUCCCCUAUGACACUUUCAUAUUCUACACCGUUGUAACUAGCAUUGUAUCCUUGGAUAGAGUAUCCCUGAAGCAGAAGGUGGUGGAUGCACCUGAAAUCCUGGCGGUGAUAGGAAAAAUUCCGUAUCUUUCAGAGCUUUUGAACUCUCUCUAUGAGUGCCAAUACAAGUUGUUUUUCUCAGCAUUUGCUGGGCUGACUGAGCAUAUCAAAAUGGACCAAUAUCUGCAGCCACAUUUCCGGUACUACAUGAGGGAGGUUAGAACAGUGGUCUAUUCUCAGUUCCUGGAAUCCUACAAGAGUGUCACCGUUGAGGCCAUGGCAGAGGCUUUCGGUGUCACUGUGGAGUUCAUUGAUCUGGAACUGUCAUGCUUGAUUGCCGCAGGGAAGCUUCAUUGCAAGAUUGAUAAGGUAGCUGGCGUCCUUGAAACCAAUCAGCCCGAUGCAAAGAAUGCUCUGUACCAGGCAACUAUUAAACAAGGUGACUUGUUACUGAACCGCAUCCAGAAUUUGUCACGUGCGAUUGAGGUGUGAAGUAGGUAGCUGUAUUUAGGUUGCGUGGUUCGUAGGGAAAACCAUGAGCGUGCUGACUUCAUCUCCAUCGUAGGGAAGACUGGUUUCGUUUAUGUUGAUUGUGUUCCAAGUUCCAACUAUUGGGGGUGUAUUCAGCUAGUUGGCAGUUUCGGGUUUUUAUUUGAAUCGACCCAGUGAUGCCUAGUUAAUUAGAUUAUAAUUACUGCACUUUGCUUUUUCAAGAGGUUGGAUCAUAUAUGUCGUAAGAAAGAAGGAUCAUACGUAAGAAAAUCAAACGAAAUGUACUUUGUGUUCGCUUAUCUUAUUGAAUCUAUAUUUUUUUAAUAUUUUGCGUAACUUUUUGAGAUCUUUAUGGCAACAAACAAUGGAAGGCGCGGUCUGCAUAUAUGAAGCAAACGAACCUUGGUGUAUAUUAUACUUGGAGAAUCCGUGGAAGAAGGAAGGAUCCCAGCUGCAUAAAUAAAACACCACAUCG